CACUGAUUAACCGUAGAGGAGUUGAGCACACUGGGCCACUAACAGGACCGUCGAUACUUGCGUAUGUAAGCCUCUCUCUAUGUGUGUAUAGAUAGCCACAGUGGAGAUUUAAAGUUUGGGAAUACCAAGAAACGCCAUGGAAGCUCCGCAAAAGAAGAAUCUGCUGAUGGGUUAUCUUCUUUUGAUGGUAUUAUUAUUCAUUUCUGGUGUACAAGCUUGGACCGGCGAGAUCCAUGGUAGAGUCGUCUGUGAUGUCUGUGGUGAUUCCUCAAUUGGACCUGAAGAUCAUGUUCUUGAAGGUGCUGAAGUAGCUGUUCUUUGCAUCACAAAAUCUGGGGAAGUUCUAAAUUACCAGGCAUUCACUAAUGCUAAGGGAAUAUACACAGUGGCGGAGACAAUGCCCGAGAGCGACCGCUGGGAUGCGUGCCUGGCACGACCUAUAAGCAGCUUCCAUGAGCACUGCACUCAUCUUGGUGAAGGCAGCUCAGGAGUGAAGUUCGGUUAUACUCAUCCAUCAGGUUACUCUCACACUGUUAGGACUUUCGUAUAUCGACCUGCCAGUGUCCCGACAUACUGUAUUUGAAAUCUUUAGACUCCUUCCUUUUGUAUAUACAUAUAUAAAGUCAAAAUAUAAGCAAUCUUCAGCUGAGUAGUGAAAAAUAAGAUUUGGCAUAUUUAUUUGAAACAUCCGCUUAUGCAUGUAGUCUAGUCAUCUUACGUCUAUUGUUUGUUUUAAGCUUGA